ACUACCGAAUGACUCUAUCAAAACAUUAGCUGAGUGAGAAGGGAUGUUUGUCAAGAGAUUCGCCAGCGCGACUGAAAAAACAACGAUCGCUUACCUUGCCAUAGUUGCCAUAGAGAAGCGCAGAAAGGAUGAGUCAGUGACAAAGUACAUUACCAUUACCCGCUAAACAUGAGUCUGAAAUGCGAGCAACAGCUGGAGGAAGAACAUGCUGUCCAACUGCUAAUAUCGAUGAUCGAAUGGUUCCUUCCAUACUUAUGUAUGGCCUCAAUCACAACAUUCCAGGAGCUACUGGACCGGGUGGCAAAACUGAACUGAUCAAAAUCCGAGGGUCAUCCAGAAAAAUCCAAACGAAGUAAAGCUCCAGAUACCAAAAAGGGUGAAGUGCACACCGCCUCCUCUUACAGUGUCGACAAAGGAAAAAAGCCCGCCUCCAUUUAGAAUGUUGACAAAGGAAAGCAACUGGUCAAUGCUAAGGUCAAACCUCAACCAAAACUGGUGCUUGGAGGAAAUGGACAAGCCUAUACCCCUUGACUAGCGGCGGUGAACGUCCCAGACCAGCAUCAGGAGGAGCGCAACUUUUCAUCCCUGAAAGAAAGAAUGAAGAAAGAAGACUCAUUCCAAAGGGACAGUGUGGAAAAAAUGUUCCGAGAAGCGUUCAAGGCUGGUCAACUACCAGAGUCGAAAAGACCUGAGGAGGCUGAUAGAACCAAUGACCCAAACUACUGCCCAUAUCAUCAGGUAGUCAACCAUCCUAUUGAAGAUUGCUAUGUCGACUGGUUGGAGAGGAAAACGGGGAAUUUACGCUCUCGAAUAGCGUCUUGGUGCACCCGAAGAAGGAGUCGGCAAAGGUGGUGACGUCUUCCUCCAUACCGCCAGCUCCAACACAAAUGAUACAAGAAAAGCCGACACGAGAUGAAGAGUGGGAGACUGUCGUCUCAAAUAAAACCAAGAAAAUGCUAAAGGAGCUUGAAGGUGUUCCUGGCGUUCAGUGGAGAUCUCCAACCGAACCAGUGCUGAAGUUGGAAGAAAGACAACGCCAAAAUACCUCCAUCUUCAAACCACCACCAAGCAAGGUGCAACUUACAGGAGCAAGCUAGCCUAUCCCAGCACAGGGGGCAGCCUGUUCAAAAAAAUCCAAAAUGCCAGCCCGGCGAAAGAAGUCGAAGAAGAAGAAGUCCACCACUCAAAAAAUCAUUAACAAUCUGGAGGACUACCGCCAGCCGGCAAGGCAGCCCGUCAGGCUUGCCGAAUUCAUGUCCGAGCUCCGGAUAAGCAAAGCAAAGGAGGAAGAUGAAGAACCACUCCCAGUUGAAACCCGCCGGGUCAUCUCGGUGAUCCCGGAUGUUUCUCAACAAGUCUCCUCUCGAGCCUCACUUUCGCUUUCUUUAUUACGCUAUUUCCCUACGAUACGACGAUAGAGGAUGAGAGACUGAUCGACCAUAUCUCGGACCAGAUCGAAAAGAAAGUUGAGAGAUCGGUUCUGACGUCGAACAGGUUGCCUCCCUAGGCGCGUCGGUGCACGGGAAGAUUUUGUGGGCCUUGAUCCCAUCCCUCUCUUGACUCGCAAGACGCGCUUGACUCACCAUAGAAUAGAUCGAGGGGGGUUCAAACUCCCAUUGCCUGCUUGUCAGGCUAGAUUCCAUCCGAUCGCAAAAUACACCAGACUUCUUUCUUAUUCUAUGCAAGUAGUUUUUUCGAUAUGAGUUCCCUGGCGCCUGGCGGUCUCACGCUUGUAGCUUAGGAGGAAGAACUACCUACCGAGGGCUUUAACAAGGCGCUAGAUGAGUAGUUUUUGUUUUGUCAUUUUUUCAUGUUCCUCCUCUGACUCAUUGCUUUAUCUGGCUGGAAUGGCAGGGGAGCCGCAUAGGGGGAUGUCAGUUUGAUCAUUCGCUUCAACAUAAGAGAUUCCUUUUUAUGGCUAGGGCAGACAAACGGGCUUGACAUAGUUCACUUCCGGGAUUACCUAUGUUUUUUUGGAAGCAAAAGUCUAUCUUAUUCGACCAAAAGAAGUCAUUCUCGUUUCUCAGCGUACGAAGAACUGAAAGCACAUGGCACAUUAUCAUUAUCACGGAUUGGAGAAGCGAUCUAUUGUCUGAAAUCAAUUGAUCAUGCGACUACCUAAAAGGUAGGAACGGCAUCGCAUCGGUCUUUCUCAAAAAAUGGUACACAAGUGAGUUCAAUUCUCGUUCUACCUAUUGUGCUGAAACUUUUUUCGUCAAUCCAUACGGUACGCUCCUCCGUAUCGUCAGUUGGUUUGAGCGGCCGACAGAAUAGAAGGCUUUUUGCUGGCUCUAUAGUUCAAUUCGCUAGACCCAGCCAUCAAAACUCCGUGUGGGAGGUCAGUGCUCUCGCUUUGAGGUUAGGGAUUCCUUCUUCAUUCACUACCAUCCUCCACAACUAUCGCCUUGCUUGCUGUCUUGACCGUAAUGGGAUCGAAGCACUGAGGCAAGGUGUUUCACUCAUUUCGACUUCUAAUGCGCACGAACCAGAGCUAUCUCCAAAGAACCCCUUCAAUAAGAAAGAGAAGAGGUACUGUACUGACCUUUGGUUCUCUCGUGCCCCAGUGAACGAUAGCCUCGGGUAGACUGCGGAUCUUAUGUGAAACCCAAAGUGCAGCCAACUCAAAACCAAAGAAAUAGGAAGAAAACUUCUAUUCUACAUCUGAGAUAAAAUGUGUGACUCACUCAAUUUCAAAAUGCCCUUAUUGUACGCUAAUGCUCUAGGAUGGCAGGGUUGGUUGGUCAAACCUUGAUUGAUGGUAGCAUUGCUAGUUGCUUCAAGUUCAAGCUUUUUCUACUGUACGCAUAUUCCCCGUCUAGUGAGCUGAGAAAGAAAGGCUGACUGACAACCCAUGUCACUUUUCUUUCACCUUCUUCCUGACCAUCUGACCAUUUGUCCACGCAUGCAAGGUCUUGCUGGCACUGAGUGCUAAGCGCGCUACUCUUCCUUUCUGAGCGAGACUCUAUCCAGAUCUAUAGAUAGAUCUACUGAUCUAAAUAACUCCGCGAGCGAACUGAGCGAGCCAUGAGCCGCCGGCUUGGAAAAGCCUGAAGGCUCCCUUACUUCACUGAACUUAUUCACGCAGGUCCAAACCAGCUGAGCUCACUCAUUUUUCCUUUACGAGAUCUCGGCUCUUCGGAAUGGUUGGAGAGAGACCCGCCUCCUCUUGGUUGGCGCCGGGCCCGAGGGUGAUGGGACUACUUCCUGAAAGAGCCUUUCGUUCAGGCCGGCAGGAGGGAACCUGAUCUAUCAAUAGAGGGAGCAAAAAAAAAGCUUUGCUCCCCUUUUUGAAAAUGAAGAAAGAAGGGUCGAAGUUUAGACCGCUCGCAGUAGUUCUACCCAUAGAAAAGAUCAUGAAAGAGGCGAUCAGAAUGGUACCCGAAUCCAUUUACGAUCCCGAGUUUCCAGACACAUCGCACUUCCGCUCGGGUCGAGGCUGCCACUCGGCCCUAAGACGGAUCAAAGAAGAGUGGGGAACCUCUCGCUGGUUUUUGGAAUUCGACAUAAGGAAGUGUUUUCACACCAUCGACCGACAUCGAUUCAUCUCAAUCUUGAAGGAAGAGAUCGACGAUCCCAAGUUAUUUUACUCCACUCAGAAAAUGUUUUCCGCCGGACGACUCGUAGGAGGUGAGAAGGGCCCUGACUGCGUCCCACACAGUGUACUACUAUCGGCCCUACCAGGCAACAUUUACCUACACAAGCUCGAUCAGGAGAUAGGGAGGAUCCGACAGAAGCACGAAAUUCCUCUUGUUCUGAGAAUCAGAUCAGUUCUAUUAAGGACAGGUCGUCGUAUUGAUUACCAAGAAAACUCUGGAGAAGAAGCAAGCUUCAACGCUCCCCAAGACAACAGAGCCAUCAUGGUGGGGAGGUUCAAGAGCAUCCAACGCAAAGCGACCUUUCAUUCCCUUGUUUCGUCGUGGCACACCCCCCCCACAAGCACCCCCCGGCGAAGGGGGGACCAGAAAACGCCUGUAGUUUGCCCCCCUUCAGCGGCCCUUGCCGCCUUCCUUAACAAGCCCUCGAGCCUCCUUUGCGCCGCCUUCCUCAUAGAAGCCGCCGGGUUGACCCCGAAGGCCGAAUUCUAUGGUAGAGAAGGCUUUCAGAAGAAUUUGGCCAUGAGAUACCUUAUUAAGUCUUGCAAAAGAAGGGGCCUGCUGAUAGAGCUGGGCGGGGAGGCGAUACUAGUUAUCAGGUCAGAGAGACGCCUGGCCCGUAAGCUGGCCCCCUUCAAAACCCAUGACUUCUUAAUAAAGAUUUGUUACGCGCGAUAUGCCGACGACUUACUACUUGGAAUCGUGGGUGCCUUAGAGCUUCUCAUAGAAAUACAAAAACGUAUCACCCACUUCCUACAAGCCGGCCUGACCCUUUGGGUAGCCUCCGCAGGAUCAACAACCAUAGCUGCACGGAGUACGGUAGAAUUCCCCGGUACGGUCAUUCGGGAAGUCCCUCCGAGGACAACUCCCAUACAAUUCUUGCGAGAGCUGGAGAAGCGUCUACGGGUAAAGCACCGUAUCCAUAUAACUGCUUGCCACCUACGCUCCGCCAUCCAUUCCAAGUUUAGGGACCUAGGUUAUUGUAUCCCGAUCAAAGAGCUGACGAAGGGGAUGAGCGGAAGAGGUCGUCUACUGGACGCGGUUCAACUAGCGGAGACUCUUGGAACAGCUGGAGUAAGAAGUCCCCAAGUUAGCGUCUUAUGGGGGACCGUCAAGCACAUCCGGCAAGGAUCAAGGGAGAUCUCGUUGUUGCAUAGCUCAGGUCGGAGCAACGUGCCAUCGGACGUUCAACAGACAGUCUCACGAUCGGGCAUGAGUAUCCGGAAGUUUUCAUUGUAUACUCCCGCAGGUCGGAAGGCGGCGGGGGAAGGAGGGGGACACUGGGCAGGAUCUUUUAGCAGCGAAUUCCCCAUACAGAUAGAGGCGCCUAUCAAAAAGAUACUCCGAAGGCUUCGGGAUCGAGGUCUCAUUAGCCGAAGAAGACCCAGGCCAAUCCACGUGGCCUCUUUGACGAACGUCAGCGACGGAGACAUAGUAAAUCGGUCCGCGGGCAUCGCGAUAAGUCCUCUGUCCUACUACAGGUGCCGCGACAACCUUUACCAAGUCCGAACGAUUGUCGACCACCAGAUCCGCUGGUCUGCUAUAUUCACCCUAGCCCACAAGCACAAAUCUUCGGCGCGGAAUAUAAUCCCAAAGUACCCAAAAGACUCAAAUCUAGUAUAUAAAGAAGUGCGUAGCAAAGCAGAGUUCCCAAAAAGCAUAGAGCUUGGGAAGCUCGGACCCGGUCAAGAUCCGAACAACGACGGAGCACUCAACUACAUGUUGAAUAAGUAGUUUUCUUUUUCUAUUAGUUGCAAACAGGCGUUUACAUGAGAUUAGUUGAGUAGGCUUGCGUGAGUUGUCUGCUAGAAGAGAAAGAGAGCGUUUUGUGUUCGAAAAAAAAGGCGGAAGGCUUGGCUUCGCUAUCGCUCAUGACUUUGAUUGUAGUCGUAGUCUUGUAGUCGGCCCUCCAUGCCUCUUUAGUCUUUCUAAUGCUCCGGCCUUCUUCCUUCAUUUCAUUCAUUUUGCGGUAGCUUACGCGCCAGAAAAAAGGCCUCCUUCCCGGCCCGGAAGAUCGCUUCGCUUCUGGCGACUAGCUUCUACCGCUUCAAUCAAUGGCUAAAGCUACC